AUGGCUCCCGAUCUCAACUCCCUCCCGUCCUCGCCCAUGGCGUCGGCCACAAGGCCAGAGAGGCCCGUCGGUGGUGGCCCUGGCGGUCUUGGUGGCCCUGGCAGCUCGGCGAAGAGGCCCAACAUUCUCUACAUCAUGGCUGAUCAGUUGGCCGCCCCCCAACUGAAGAUGUACAACCCAGAGUCUCAGAUCAAGACGCCCAACCUUGAUGGCCUUGCUGCCAAGUCUGUCCAGUUUGACUCUGCGUACUGCCCGUCACCUCUCUGCGCUCCUUCGCGCAUGAGCAUGAUCACUGGUCUCUUGCCCAUGGGCAUCGGCGCCUACGACAAUGCCAGCCAGAUCUCCAGUGACAUUCCCACAUAUGCCCACUACCUCCGUCUCCAGGGCUAUCACACGGCUCUCGCCGGCAAGAUGCAUUUUAUCGGAGACCAGCUUCACGGCUAUGAGACUCGUCUGACGAGUGACAUCUACCCUGGUGAUUUUGGCUGGGCUGUCAACUGGGACGAGCCCGACACGCGCCUGGAAUGGUACCACAACGCGAGCUCGAUUCUCCAGGCAGGCACGUGCAUUCGCAGCAACCAGCUGGACUAUGACGAAGAGGUCAUGUACAAAUCGACUCAAUUCCUCUACGAGCACACUCGUCAGGGUCCUGAUGCCCGCCCCUUCUCGCUCACUGUCUCUCUGACCCACCCUCAUGACCCGUACACUAUUGAGGAAAAGUACUGGGACAUGUACGAGGGCGUCGACAUUGCACUGCCCAAAGUCCGCAUUCCCAACGAGGAGCAGGAUGCUCACAGCAAGCGCCUCCUGAAGGUCUGCGAUCUUUGGGACCAGGACUUCACCGAUGACCAGAUCAAGCGCGCAAAGCGUGCAUACUUUGGCGCAGUCAGCUAUGUCGACGACUGCGUCGGUCGCCUCCUGAAGGUGCUCAAGCAGUGCCGCCUCGACGACAACACCAUUGUUGUCUUCAGCGGUGACCAUGGUGACAUGCUGGGCGAGCGCAACCUUUGGUACAAGAUGAGCUACUUUGAGUCGUCUGUGCGCGUACCGCUGUUCAUCCACCACCCCCACCAGUUCCAGCCCCACCGCGUUUCUCAGAACGUGUCGACCCUGGACAUCCUGCCCACCAUGUGCGACUUUGUUGGUGUCAAGCCGUACAAGGACCUUCCAAUGGACGGAAUCUCGCUCUUCCCUCACCUUGAGGGCAAGGAGGGCCACGAUACCGUUUUCGCCGAAUACACGGGUGAGGGUACCAUUAGCCCGCUCAUGAUGAUCCGCCGCGGCGACUGGAAGUACAUCACCUGCCCAACAGAUGGCGUGCAGCUCUUCAACCUCAAGCACGACCCUCUCGAGCUCCGCGAUCUUGCCAAGCUCACAAAGAAGGGCGCCCAGAGCGAGCACGAGAAGGAAGCCCUCGAGGUUCUCGAGGCCUUUGACGCCGAGGCGGCGGCGCGCUGGGACUUUGAUGCCAUCACCAAGCAGGUCGUGCUCUCGCAACGCAAGCGCCGCCUCGUGUGUCUGCACUUCUCAAGGGCACCUUCACCAGCUGGGAUCACAACCCCAACGACGACGGCAGGCUCAAGUACAUCCGGUCCCAGAUUCCCCUGGACGAGCUCGAGCGCCGGCGGCGCCUAA